CCCGCCAUUUCAGCCCGGCGCGGAGAGGCAGAGGGACGCGAGCGGCCGCCGCGGGGACGAGCAGCCGCCCCGCAGCCCGGACAGCGCCAGGUCUGCUGAAAAUGACGGAAUAUAAACUUGUCGUUGUCGGAGCUGGUGGUGUAGGCAAGAGUGCCUUGACAAUACAGCUAAUUCAGAAUCAUUUUGUGGAUGAAUAUGAUCCUACAAUAGAGGAUUCCUACAGGAAACAAGUAGUAAUUGAUGGAGAAACCUGUCUCUUGGAUAUUCUUGAUACAGCAGGUCAAGAAGAGUACAGUGCAAUGAGGGACCAAUACAUGAGAACAGGGGAGGGCUUCCUAUGUGUAUUUGCCAUAAAUAAUACAAAAUCAUUUGAAGAUAUUCACCAUUAUAGGGAACAAAUAAAAAGAGUUAAAGAUUCUGAAGAUGUCCCCAUGGUGCUAGUAGGAAACAAAUGUGACUUACCUUCCAGAACAGUAGAUACAAAACAAGCUCAGGACUUAGCACGAAGUUAUGGAAUUCCUUUCAUUGAAACAUCAGCAAAAACAAGACAGGGUGUCGAUGAUGCCUUCUACACGUUAGUUCGAGAAAUCCGAAAACAUAAAGAGAAGAUGAGCAAAGAUGGUAAAAAGAAGAAAAAGAAGACAAAGACAAAGUGUAUAAUUAUGUAAAUACAAUUUAUCCUUUAUUCUUAAGGCAUACUUAAGAAAGUGAUUUUUGUACAUUACACUAAAUUAUUAGCAUUUGAUUUAGCAUUACUUAAUUUUCUUUCUGCUUCAUGAACCUGAAUGCUUGUUUUAAAUGACAGUGGAAGCUUUAUUCCUCUUAAGUGCCAGUAUUCCUUGAGUGUUGGUUCUUGAACUAGCAAUGCCCGUGGAAGGAAAAAAAACAAAAACAAAAACCCUGAGAAUUUUCUUAGGAUUUUUUGGUGCAUGCAAAGCUGCUAACUUCCUAUUUUUCUUACCAAUUGUGAACUUUAGUUCUGUGUGCAAACAAAAUAAUGAAAGUGCUCCACAGGCUCUUAUAUCGUUACUGUGGUUUUUUAUCUGGUUGAAUAAAAGGACUAGUUAGCAUAAGAAAUUUUUAUUUCCGACUUGUUUUCUUUUAUUCUAGACUGACUGCAAUAUUGAGAGACCAGAAGCCUUUAUAGUCUUCCUAUAGAUUCUGCUUCUAGGCAUCUAGUCUUGUAGCAUUUCAGAUCAACUUCAAUGAAUGUAAAGAUAUAACUUUCACAAAGUUUUUCACUGCAAUUUGUCAUCGUCACUCCUUAAAUACUAUAUUUUUUCUAUAAAAAAAGAAAAAUUAAAAAAAGACAAUAGUGCACAUCUGGCAAUGGAAAAAGUAAAAGUUCUAAUUAAAUUGAUUUGCUAUUGUAAUGCUUUGCUUAAGACUUUCACUAACUUUUUGUGUCAGGAGACCCAGGGUUAAAUCCUGGCUCCACUGAAGUAACUGGCAAACUUCAAAGUAGCUUCAGUAGGGUCAAGAUUUCACCCUCAGCGUCACUACUAAGAAAUACUGGAAAGCCUUAACAAAUGAGUAAUUCAGACACUUACAAAAGUUAAUUCAUAUGUUGAUUCAGAGUUUAAUCCUAAAAAUGAGGUCAGGAUCUUUACCUUUAUAGAUGUCAGAACCAUUUUUUCAAGAGUGGCAUUAAAUAUUUCCAAAUGCCCAUUUUGUGUAUAAUAGGGGAGGCAUUUUAAAGUCCAGUAACCUCUUUAGAUUCAGUAAUGGCACUUGAAUUCAGCUGCUUCAUACAGAUUAGUUGGAAAUCCACUAUGCCAUAAAUAUAGGGAUGAUGGAGAAUUUGCACAAACAUUCAGUAGGCAUAGCUGAUAUUAUGGUUUCCAGAGCUAAUGUUGUUUUGUGUUCUGCUGUGAUUCUUGUGAAAUACUAAUUUUGUUUCACAGAUUAUAUGGUUGUUUAGUGGAAUAAAAUGUCAAGAUUGUUACACAUCGAAACCAGGUUUUCAGUGUUGUUGUUCCCAGAGUGAUUUUUUCUUGUGAUUUUUCUGAUUGGAGUUAAUCCAUUAUUUUGAAGAAGCUUUCAUUUGCAGUAUAGCAAUAGUUUGGUUAAUCUGCAUCAAAGUGAGAGCCAGCUAUCUCGUGUUGCCAACUCUUGUGAUUUUCAUCGUGAAUUUAGUAAAUUUGAUGUUUUUCUUAAGGCCCCCACUCCUGGAGUUGAGUUGAGUUUACAUGAGAAUCUCAGCUUGCUUUUCUAAUGUUUCUAACCCUCAUAGUUGCAGGGAAGAGCUUGAAAAUGUGACUCAACUGUAUGCUAAAUGAUUGAACAGCAGAAGGCAAAUAAUACACAACGUGUAUUGGUCUUUAAAACCUUGUGAUUUGUUGGGGGCAUGAUUCGUGAAUUUUCAGUGGUCAUGAUAGGCAAAACUGCUAUUCUCAAGUUAUCCUGAAACUUUUAAACAGAGUUUGCACACUUAGUUUUUCACAGAAUAGGAUUUUCAUGUAGCAGCGUAACUUAAAACGCAUGUACAAUAUCAAAGGUACAACUACAUGUGCAAGAUGACCUCUUAUUUCUACACGGGGAGCAGUAGUAGCCAUAUUUGAAGGAGAGCUGCAACGGUGGCUAGGGGUGUAGUAAACAUACUACCUGUAUUUCUGCAUGACCCUUACAUUUUGUGUGGCUGGGAAAGCAUUUCUGAAAUUUUUAAAAAAUUCUUUCCCAAGCUGCAGGGUAUACUUC